AUGUGCAAAGAAGACAAUUCCCAAUGGCUGCAAGAUGAAGCACUCUGUCGGUUAUACUCGGAGUAUGUUGGCAUUCAAGAUCAAGAGCAGUUGUCUACUCAUUGGGAAACCAUUCGAGCACGGCUGAAUGAGAAUGGAAAAGCAUACAAGUGUAUUGAACAGUUCAAGUUUCUAUCAUCUCGAUUGGCGACCCGAUUCUAUUAUCCACGCAUCUUGGAGCUUGCCAAACAGGAACCGACACGGAUAUUCAUUGACAUUGGAUGCUGUACAGGAACCGAUCUACGACAGCUACUGUUGGAUGGAUACCCUGGCACGUGUCUUGUUGGCACUGAUCUUUCAAGGCACUAUAUUGAAUGCGGUUACGAGUUGUUUCAAGAUCGUGACACAUGUCCCAUCCAUUUCAUCACUGGUGACAUCUUUGAUUCAAAAUUCGUCGUCGAGCAACCGUUACCAGGGCAACAACCCAACCUUGCUCGCUUUCAAAAUCAAAUCGGCAUCGUAUAUUCUGGAAGCGUGAUUCAUUUAUUACAAUCCAUCGACGAGGUUGAUGCUUUCAUCACACAAGUGACACGACUUUUGACACCUGGCGGAUUGUUUGUCGGCACCCAUGUAGCAGCAGAUCGCACAGUCUCUGUAUAUAUUCCACCUCGACAUUAUACCAAACACUGGGUUGGCGUCCACGACUUUAAAGCUGCUCUUCAACGACAUCAUUUCGGCGAUAUUGAAUUCAAACUCGAGCCGCGGUUGACAAGGGAAGAAGAAAAACCAUAUUUGGACGUUCAAUGUCACUGGCUCUCAUUUUCCGCUGUCUACUAUCCCCCUCGCCAUUAA